GGACACAGCACAGCUUGCAAACUAACAUGCACACACAAUUAUACAGAAGAAAACAAACCUAAUUCAUCAAUCUUUUCUUCAAUCAUUUUUUUUACUAUUUGAUUGAAAGAUAAUGGAGAGAGAUAAUCUUCGUCUUCCUCCUCCGCUCCCUCACCGGCGAUCUUCCUGUCUCUCCGGCUGCAUAGUCUCAUCUCCGUCGUGUUUUCCGGUGCACGAAGAAAUGGAGUACACGCGAAUUCACAGCAGCAGCAAGAGAAGUAGUAGAAGAUGGAGGCAUUUAAUAAGAAGGCUAGUUAUUGGAUCAUUGUCGUCGUCGUCGAAGCCGUUGUCGUUUCAUUACGAUGCUAUUAGUUAUUCACAAAAUUUUGAUGAAGGCUGCCGUUUUGAAGAGUAUUGAGUUCUAUACAUUUUUGUAUGUGUUAUUAUUAUUAUUCUUCUUGUACUGAGAUCUAUUGUUUUUUUGAUUUUUUGAGUAUACUAUAAAUCUCUCUUUAAACAACCUGGAUCUGGCGAUAUACUCGGAGUUUGAUUUCCUCUUAAGUGCAGUGUAUAAUGCUAUACUAGGGGUGUGAAAAAAUCAAACCGGACAGUAAAAUCGAACUGAAUCAAAAUUAUUAUUCGGUUAUUUAGUUAA